CCUAGUACUCUACACUGGUUUUACAUGUCAGAGAACAUGAGCUGUGAACAGACAGAGGUAGUGAACUUUAUAUAGAGCCUGGUCUAUGUCUGUAGUCCAUGAGCUCCCUGUGUGGCCUGCUUCCCUGUGACUUCCUGUUGGAGAGGAAUCUAGGGAAGUUUUCUGUCUUGUCCGCGUGAGGUGCACAGGACCUUUGAGUGUCUCCAUAUUUAACAAAGUUGAAACUUGAAUACCAUAUAUUCGUCUUUGUCUUCUUGACAGUCCUUGCUGGCGGGAUGAUGGGUCGUGUGUUGUCGUUCGGCCGCUCCCUGGUGAGGAGGAAGGUGGUGGAUCUCAACAGUCUGGAGGACUCCAAGCUGUGCCGCUGCCUGGGUACCGUGGAUCUCAUCGCCCUGGGCGUGGGUAGCACCCUGGGGGCUGGGGUCUAUGUUCUGGCUGGAGAGGUGGCCAAGGGAAACUCAGGCCCCAGCAUUGUGGUCUCCUUCCUCAUCGCUGCCCUGGCCUCUGUCAUGGCGGGCCUCUGCUAUGCUGAGUUUGGAGCCCGUGUGCCCAAGACUGGCUCAGCCUACCUGUACAGCUAUGUAACAGUUGGAGAGCUGUGGGCCUUCAUCACUGGCUGGAACCUCAUCCUCUCCUAUGUGAUAGGCACCUCUAGUGUGGCCAGGGCUUGGAGCGGGACAUUUGAUGAGCUGAUUGGAGGACACAUUGAGACGUUCUGCAAGACCUACUUCAGCAUGAACUCUCCAGGCCUGGCUCAUUACCCAGACUUCUUUGCAGUCUGUCUCAUUCUACUUCUGUCAGGCCUCCUGUCGUUUGGAGUGAAGGAGUCAGCCUGGGUGAACAAGGUCUUCACUGCUGUCAACGUGCUGGUGCUCUUGUUUGUCAUCGUCUCUGGCUUCGUGAAGGGAGACCCCCUCAACUGGAAAAUCUCUGAAGAUACUCUCAUCAAUGUCACCAUUGUUAAACGGAACCUAUCUGUGACUGCUAAUGUGACCAGUGAUUAUGGUGCAGGGGGGUUCAUGCCAUUUGGCUUCAGUGGGACCCUGGCUGGAGCUGCCACCUGCUUCUAUGCCUUUGUCGGAUUUGACUGCAUCGCAACAACAGGUGAGGAGGUAAGGAACCCUCAAAAAGCCAUUCCCAUCGGCAUCGUGGUGUCUCUGACGGUGUGCUUUCUGGCCUACUUCGGUGUGUCUGCUGCCCUCACCCUCAUGAUGCCCUACUACCUACUGGAUGAGAAGAGCCCCUUGCCCAUGGCCUUUGAAUAUGUGGGCUGGGGCCCAGCUAAAUAUCUGGUGGCUGUGGGGUCACUGUGUGCCCUGUCAACCAGUCUGCUGGGUUCCAUUUUCCCUAUGCCACGUGUAAUCUAUGCUAUGGCAGAGGAUGGGGUGCUUUUCAAAGCCUUAGCCCGAAUCAAUCCUAAGACGAAGACCCCGCUUAUUGCCACAAUGAGCUCCGGUGUAGUUGCAGCAAUCAUGGCUUUCCUGUUUGACCUAAAAGCCUUAGUAGACAUGAUGUCUAUUGGAACUCUUCUGGCCUACUCCCUUGUUGCUGCUUGUGUUCUCAUUCUCAGGUACCAGCCGGACCUGCUCUAUGGAAAGCCGGGCUGUAACAGGGAGAAGGAUUGCCUGACAUCACCAGAAGGGGAGUCGGAGCUGACGGAGUCUGAGUCCCACAUCAACAUGCUGAAGGAAGGAGGUUCCACCCUGCAGACGGUGCUCAAACCUCCACUCGUACCCACAGAACAGUCCUCCUCUGUGGUCAACAUGGCGGUCUGCCUCUUAGUGUUGGUGGUGUGUGUGAUCAGUGCUCUGACCACCUACCAUGGAUAUGCCAUCAUUCGCAUGGAGACCUGGAUCCUGUGUUGUCUGGCCCUAUCCCUGGUGGUCUUCAUUGGCUGUGUGGUUCUCAUCUGUCAACAGCCUCAAACCAGCAGGAAGGUCUCCUUCAUGGUUCCACUCAUCCCAUUUCUUCCCAUCCUGAGUAUAUUUGUCAAUGUUUACCUCAUGGUCCAGCUGAGUGGAGACACCUGGAUACGCUUCUCCAUAUGGAUGGCUGUGGGUUUCCUAAUCUACUUUGGCUACGGAAUGUGGCACAGUGUGGAGCGCCAGCGCAGGCUCCAGGACUCCCUCAGCAAACGUGCCAAGCAGGAGAAGAAGAACAAGGGUCCAGAGAAGACCAGCCAGUGUUAAAGAAAGAUCAGGGAUCCACACAGACUCUAGAAGGUCACCUGGUGGCCCCUGCCCCAGGCAAGACACAGACACACUACAUGCACACAGCAGCUAUCCCUAAAUACACUACAGAUGUAGGAUCUUAAUUUGAUCACUCUUUUGUUGCUGAGGAUUUUCCUGAUCCGCAGGAAAUGCAGAUGAGCUUCUUGAUUUACAAAAAUUCCCUGAAAUCCCACACUAACACAUGGUUAUAUUAACAGUAUUGCACUUUUCAUGUAGCCUAAUUUUGGCCAGCUAAUAAACUAACCACUGAUCAAGCAAUAUUAUGGACUAAAUGUUCAAAUCCUUUUGCUGCAGGAUUAUUUUGCUGUGGCAAUACUGGUCAAAUUAAGAUCCUACAUCUGUUUAUACAGCUACAUGCCAUCUGUGCCUCAGUCACAUGCCAUUCUCCCAGUGGAGCUGCAGUAUACUGUAUUAAUCGUCAUGUGCCUUGGAGCAGUGAGGUGGGCUCAUUAUCAAAUCAAAUCGAUGUCCGUCUCCAUGACGAUGUGACCAAGUAGGAAAGGCUGAUUGGUCAGAAAGGUGUGGAAGCAUCUCCAACAGUCAACAAGAAGAGACAGAAGACAGGAAAUGACAGGUUUUGCAUUUCCUAUUACAAUUACAGUCAUGGACUAACUGUGGAAAGGCUUGGUAUUUGGUUUUGGCCUAACUUUCUAUGUCUUUUUCUGUAAGUCAGCUUAUUCAGGAAGUUUGCUGUUGGAAUCUAUUGUCUUCGUGUAGAAAGGUCAGUAGGUCACACUAUGCUAAUAUUAAUACCCUGUUAGCCAAGCACAGACAAUUUUCUAAUCUUGCUGAAAAAACUAACUCUAAAUCUAACUCUAUCCAGGAUUAAUGACAUGUACACUAAACCAUUUAUUUGCUUCUAAAUAGUGGCCACAUUCUGAAUGUACAUUCUGUACAAACGUAAACAGACAUACUAACAUGCACACACAGAAUAUUCAUUUAAUUCUUGGCAUAUAUAUAUGCACAUGCAUCAUUUUAUGUGUGCAUAUCAAUUUAGUACAAUCACAAAUAUGAUAUAACUGUUGGUGAAUGGUAUUUCUGAAAUGUUUAUCUGGUGAAUGGUAUUUCUGAAAUGUUUAUCUGGUGAAUGGUAUUUCUGAAAUGUUUAUCUGGUGAAUGGUAUUUCUGAAAUGUUCAUCUGAUGUGUGUUUUCCAUAAUGGUACUAAUGAUUCAGUUUGUGCUCUAUUUGACUUCUUGUCUUAAUGUUUUUGCAACAGGUGUUGUUGGUGAUCUAAUCGAACACAAGUUUAACUAGUCUUUAUAAAUGUUCUAUUCUGAUUACUUGGAUGUGUUGCCGUCAUAAUCGUUUUUACAAUCGUGUCGUGAAGAUUGUAUGAAAUGGAAGUGGAGUGAACAAGAGAAUUGCUUGUUCAGUGUUUGAUAUCACAUUCCGUACAAAAGACUGUUUCUGCAUUGCUGUAUUUUUUGUGUGCAAGUGUUACAUAUCUUCUUAAGUCCUUUGGGAGAUUUUUUGUCUGUUAUUGCUAGACGGUGGACUGAACUGUCUUGAAAUUUGCCAUUUCUUGACAAAAUAUGCUCUACAGGCCACCUAGAGUCGCCCUUCUCAUUUGAUGCUAGUCCCUUCACUGUUUUCUGAAUAGUUUCUUAGCAUCACAUAUAAGAUGUACCGUACAUGUUUUGCAGGAUAAUAUCCCAGGGAAAGUGACAGUUAAUGACAUUAUUCAACAGAUUUAAGUUAAACUGGUCUUUCAGUGUUUAAAUGGUCCAUGCUUUUUGCAUUAAUAUUCUACUCCAAGUCGGAGCUUGAUCAGUAUUUAAAGGUUCUCCUCCCCUCUCCUCCUCUCGUUUUGUGUCCAAAAAGUUUAUUAUGUCUACUUUGUAACUCUACCUUGAUUUCACAACCAAUUUAUGGGGUUUGAUAUGGAUGAGCAGUGAGAGAGAUAUUGCUUUUUAACAUUCUUCUCUUGGAGUAGCAGAGACAAAAAUCAUGUAAUUUUUUCCCAAAUUCCCAGGUUUUCCAGAAAUGCCUGUUGGAAGAUUCCUGGAAUCAAGGGGGAAUAAGCAGGAAAUCCUCCAAUUAGGAUUUCUGAAAUACCUAGGAGUUUUGGGGAAGUUACCAGAUUUUUACAACCCUAGUUAGGGAAGUAUUUUAGGGUGUUCAGUUGCAGUUAAUCCACUGAUAGAGCUCUUAGACCUGUGGUAAUGAUGAUGAUCUCAGAGUUCCACCUUAACCUCUGGUAUUGAGACCUGUGGUAUGAUGAUGAUCUCAGAGUUCCACCUUAACCCCUGGUAAUGAGACCUGUGGAAUGAUGAUGAUCUCAGAGCUCCACCUUAACCUCUGGUAAUGAGACCUGUGGUAUGAUGAUGAUCUCAGAGUUCCACUUUAACCUCUGGUAAUGAGACCUGUGGUAUGAUGAUGAUCUCAGAGUUCCACCUUAACCUCUGGUAAUGAGACCUGUGGUAUGAUGAUGAUCUCAGAGUUCCACCUUAACCUCUGGUAAUGAGACCUGUGGUAUGAUGAUGAUCUCAGAGUUCCACCUUAACCUCUGGUAAUGAGACCUGUGGUAUGAUGAUGAUCUCAGACUUCCACCUUAACCUCUGAUAUUGAGACCUGUGAUAUGAUGAUGAUCUCAGAGUUCCACCUUAACCUCUGGUAAUGAGACCUGUGGUAUGAUGAUGAUCUCAGAGUUCCACCUUAACCUCUGGUAAUGAGACCUGUGGUAUGAUGAUGAUCUCAGAGUUCCACCUUAACCUCUGGUAAUGAGACCUGUGGUAUGAUGAUGAUCUCAGAGUUCCACCUUAACCUCUGGUAAUGAGACCUGUGGUAUGAUGAUGAUCUCAGAGUUCCACCUUAACCUCUGAUAUUGAGACCUGUGAUAUGAUGAGGAUCUCAGAGUUCCACCUUAACCUCUGGUAAUGAGACCUGUGGUAUGAUGAUGAUCUCAGAGUUCCACCUUAACUUCUGGUAAUGAGACCUGUGGUAUGAUGAUGAUCUCAGAGUUCCACCUUAACCUCUGGUAAUGAGACCUGUGGUAUGAUGAUGAUCUCAGAGUUCCACCUCAACCUCUGGUAUUGAGACCUGUGGUAUGAUGAUGAUCUCAAGAGUUCCACCUCAACCUCUGGUAUUGAGACCUGUGGUAUGAUGAUGAUCUCAGAGUUCCACCUCAACCUCUGGUAUUGAGACCUGUGGUAUGAUGAUGAUCUCAGAGUUCCACCUUAACCUCUGGUAAUGAGACCUGUGGUAUGAUGAUGAUCUCAGAGUUCCACCUCAACCUCUGGUAUUGAGACCUGUGAUAUGAUGAGGAUCUCAGAGUUCCACCUUAACCUCUGGUAAUGAGACCUGUGGUAUGAUGAUGAUCUCAGAGUUCCACCUUAACUUCUGGUAAUGAGACCUGUGGUAUGAUGAUGAUCUCAGAGUUCCACCUUAACCUCUGGUAAUGAGACCUGUGGUAUGAUGAUGAUCUCAGAGUUCCACCUCAACCUCUGGUAUUGAGACCUGUGGUAUGAUGAUGAUCUCAAGAGUUCCACCUCAACCUCUGGUAUUGAGACCUGUGGUAUGAUGAUGAUCUCAGAGUUCCACCUCAACCUCUGGUAUUGAGACCUGUGGUAUGAUGAUGAUCUCAGAGUUCCACCUUAACCUCUGGUAAUGAGACCUGUGGUAUGAUGAUGAUCUCAGAGUUCCACCUCAACCUCUGGUAUUGAGACCUGUGGUAUGAUGAUGAUCUCAGAGUUCAACCUCAACCUCUGGUAUUGAGAAUUCCUGAACAAUCUUAGUUUGGAUGAUUUUGAUGUACAUUUUCAUUUGAAAGAUAAGUGGCUGAGGUUAUGCUAUAUCAUGUCAUGAUAAUUUACUGCAAAAGCAUUAUUAUUAUUUUUAUUUUUUUUACAUUUGAUUUCACUUGAUCGAUUAAAGUUUAGUUAGGUUAAUUAAACGUGGAACAAAAGAGCAGAGCACAUUAUGUCCCAGGGGACCUAGAUCAGGGUUCAGGCAUAUGUAGCUAGUGUUGUAGCUUAUAAAUAUAUCAACAGAAUGAUCCUCUGUAAAUGUACCCAUUAUGUAGUGACAUGGUUUUCCAUUGUUUAUACUAACUGUACUAUUGUCAAUAAAUGUAUUUUUUAAUAAGAUCAGUUUAUGCAAGAGUGUAUUCUGUGAGUGUUCUGCACAUUGUCAGACAUUGCAGUAACUCAGUGAGGGGAGGAUAUAUAACUGCUUGUCUGUCUGUUGUAAAUGGUUGGUAUUAAUAAUUGGUAAUAAAAACCUACUUGGUUUAGAA